CCCCGUGGCCCAGGAAUCGCCACGGCUCCGAACCCCGCCUUCCCGUGGGGCACCUUCCUCCAGCGCGCAGACCUUCCCCAAAGCGCCGAUAACUUGCACGUGUUCCUCCUGAUAUGCGGACUCCGGCCGGUCAAAGACCCCCUCUACCUGGUGGACGCCUUCUCGGAAUGGCACCGGGAGGAGCCCAGCGCGUUCCUGGUGAUCGUCGGCCCCGAAGUGGACCCGGUGUUCACGCGGGAAGUCAAGGCCAAGGUGGAGAGGUCGGCGGGGGUGCGGCUGCUCCCCGAGAUGCCCCAGGGCGACCUGCACGCGGCCGAGAAGAACUGCCUCGCCCUGGUCAACAGCUCGCUCUCCGAGGGCAUGUCGGCGGCCAUUCUGGAGGCCAUGGACCUGGAGGUGCCGGUGCUGGCCAGGAACAUCCCGGGGAACGCGGCCGUGGUCCAGCACGGGGUCACGGGGCUGCUGUUCUCCGACCCUCAGGAGUUCGUGCAGCUGGCGAGGCGGCUGGUCCGCGACCCUGAGCUGGGGGCCGAGCUGGUGGCCCAGGGGAGGGAGUACGUGAGGACGCGCCACUCCUGGCAGGCGGAGCGGGACACCUACCAGCGCCUCGUCCGGACGCUCGAGGGGGACGCGGCUCGGCCGGCCCGCUGACAGGCGCCCCCGCUUUUAACGCGUCUGACGGGCACCCGGGUCAAGGCCCCGUGUCCGGGCAUCGAGAGGCGAGGAAGGGCCGGCUGAGCCUGGAAGGAGGAGACGCGUGGCCGAUGCAGAUGCCGCUGGUUCUGAAAUUCCGCUCCGGGAAGCCGGGCGCUGUCCCUGGUCCUGACCUCCCGGUGCGCGGCUCCUGGUACCUCACGUCCCUGACCUCCGCCUUCACAUCCACACGCACCCAGGCCUCGUGUGCGGGGGAAGAGCAUGUUUUUAAGAGAAUAAAGUGCGUCCCAGCCGCC